UAGUCAGCUGCUACCUACCCACCGAAGUUUUGCUAUAAACCCAAUCAUAUCAUCUUCAGAGCAGAAGUAAAUGGAAUAUAAACCCUUACUAAAACAUAGUUUAUAGGUAAAGUUUAGCUGUUUACUGGUCGCUAGCUGCUCUUCACAGCUGUGAAUGAGAUCAGACUUGGGCCCGCCUCCAGCUCCUACGUGUUCCUCUCACCUGCGCAUAGACUUCUGGGAAAUCGAGUCCAUGCUCUAAAUAAUUCAAGCUUCCAUUCUUUCUCUUCCACCGCUAACAAGAUGCCGGCCGUACAUCACAAACUGCUCCUUGAGGACGCUUUACAGGACAGUCCUCAGACACGCUCCUUGCUCAGUGUGUUUGAGGAAGAUGCUGGCAUGCUUACAGACUAUACCAACCAGCUGCUACAAUCGUUGCAGCGUGUGUUUGGAGCCCAGAGUGAGAUGGGGUUGGCCACAGAACAGCUCUCACAGCAGCUUCUGCAAUAUGAGAAGAAAAAUUUUGCCCUUGGAAAAGGUGAUGAAGAGGUAAUCGCCACACUGCAGAACUUUGCCAAAACUGUAGGGGAGCUGAACUCGCUCCACUCUGAGCUAGCCAACCAGAUGGCCGACAGCAUGGUCUUCCCCUUGAUCCAGUUUCGAGAGAAAGAUCUCACAGAGAUAAGCACACUGAAGGAAAUAUUUGGGAUCGCCACUGAUGAGCACGAGGCAGCUAUGGUCAAAUACAGCCGAUUGCCCAAGAAGAAGGAGAAUGAAAAGCUAAAGUCAGACUUGGUGAAAGAGGUGGCCUACACUAGAAGGAAGCAGCACCAGGCCUCCCUGCAGUAUUACUGCGCCCUCAAUGCCCUGCAGUAUCGCAAGAGAAUAGCAAUGCUCGAACCUAUGCUAGGCUACACACAGGCACAGAUCAGCUUCUUCAAGAAAGGUGUUGAGCUGGUGUCAAAGAAGAUGGACAACUUUCUCUCCUCUGUGUCCAGCAUGACGCAAAAUAUCCAGGCCCAGCUGGAUGUGGAGGCAGAGGCCAUGCGUGGGUCCCAGAGGGAGCUUCUGUCUGUGGAGGACACUGUCUAUAUGCCAGAUAAGGACACUGAGCCUGUCAAUCGCACGCUUAUCCAGAAGGCUGGCUACCUCAACAUUAGGAAUAAAACAGGCCUAGUGACCACAGCUUGGGACCGACUCUACUUCUUCACCCAGGGAGGGAACCUCAUGUGUCAGCCGCGGGGGGCGGUGGCGGGGGGCAUGGUGCUGGACCUGGAUAACAGCUCGGUUAUGGCUGUGGAGUGUGAGGACAGACGCUACUGUUUUCAGAUAACCUCCCCCUCAGGCAAAACGUCAAUGAUCCUACAAGCUGAGAGCAAAAGGGAAUAUGAAGAAUGGAUUUGCACUGUGAACAACAUCUCCAGACAGAUCUACCUGACUGACAACCCAGAGGCUGUUGCCAUCCGUCUGAACCAAACUGCCAUCCAGGCAGUCACACCCAUCACCAGUUUUGAGAAGAGACCUGAAGGCUCGCCCAACCCUGACAGAGCUAAGCCAGGAGGUAUACACGCCACCAGCAGCGGUUCCCAGAAGACAGGGGCUGCCCCAGAGCCAGAGGACCUGAUAGCCCCUGGGACACCCAUUCAGUUUGACAUCAUGCUGCCAGCCUCCGAGUUUCAGGACCAGAACAGGGCCGGGGGAAGACGCACAAAUCCAUUUGGAGAAACGGACGAUGUAUGUUCAACAGAAAGUGACGACUCCCUUCUGCAGCAGGUAUUCGCCGUGCGCUUCCUGGGGUCAAUGGCAGUGCGCUGUGGCAACAAUCAGGAGGUGAUCUAUGAGGCCAUGAGGCAGGUGCUUGCUGCCCGAGCCAUCCACAACAUAUUCAGGACUACAGAGUCUCACCUCAUGGUCACCAGCAGUAGCCUCAGGUUGAUUGACCCACAGACUCAAGUUACAAGAAUAAGCUUCCAGCUUGAAGAGGUAUGUCAGUUUGCAGCCCACCAGGAGAACGGGCGGCUCAUGGGAUUCGUGGUUGAGGGCAGAGACUGGAGUGACGGAAAUGAGGAAGGAGAGCCCUCAUUUUGCGCCUUUGUCUUUGAGAGCAACACGGAGGGCGAAAAGAUAUGUUACACCAUUAGCUUGGCGAAGGACAUUACAGAAGCCAAGAAGGACCCAGAGGCACUGGCCCAGCUGAUGAAAAACAUGCCUCUAACCAACGACGGCAAAUUCCUGCUGCUGGAGCCUGAGACGGGAGACACAACCAACGGAGCAGGACAAGAAGACCUGGAGUCUGAGGCCUAGUCCGAGUUAGGACCACCCCCCCAACACACACACGAAAAAAAACAAAACAACAACAACCAGGGCUAAAGUCAGAUUUUUUUUUUUCCCUGGACGAAGGUGUUCUCGUGACCCCCUAGCCCCAACUAUGGUACUGUAACACCCAUAUUAGUCCAUUUACCCUGUGUUACUACAUCUAUUUUUUUUUUUGCUGUAAUGAAAAACGUUAGCAGGCGGUUGCCUGCACCAAAAAGCACAUGUCAUGGGCGUUCUAUUUGAUCUGUUUUUCUACAGUCAGAUAAUUGCAUGGGUCUUUGGAUUUUAUUUUUUUUUUUUUUACACCACUGUGGGUGGUACUUAUGACAAAAGGGACAGCACAUAGGUAUUGGCUGUGUUUUAUUGUCUUCUAAUAUCCCCAGCUAUCUACCAGAAAGUGGUGAAUAAUUUGCUUCAGUUUAGGUUUACAUUCAUUUCUAGGUUUACAAAGUUUGAAGUGUUUGGAGAAAACAUUGUUUUACACUAACUUGUAUGUAAGGCUCCUAUGCAACUACUUUGACAUUUAUUUCUUGUUUAUUCGUGUACAAAAAAGUAAUUGCACUUCCAAGGUUGAUCAUUUUUAAUAACGCUUGAUGGCUACAGAAGGCACUAAUUGAGGAAUUUGAAGGAUCUUAGACUGUUAGGACAGUGAUUUAAAAUAGUUUAAAAUAAUGUCCGUUCCUGCUGCAUUGCUCGUUAUGUGUGAGCAUGUGUCUUGAAGCAGUGGACACAGUUGGCGCAAGUGAUUAAAUGUUUGUUCUUUCUGCACUCUUGCCACUACAAGGUUACACAGACAUGGCAUCCCGACUAUCUUAAGCAUUCCCACUAAACCGAAUUAAUGUAAUUUUACAUUAUUUUUACUACCUGUAAGAAAACAUGUCUUAAGAUGAUCAGUAUGGGAGGUCCUCCUUGAGCAGGUUGAAUAUUGUUUUGCGCUCAGUUUCUUGAAAGCCUAUAUGUCCUGUCUGAGUGUCUAUAUGAUGUUUAAUCAGAGUUGGCCGUAUUAAAAGCUUUCAGAGCCAAUAUGCUAGGACUGAUGCUGUGCAUGAUUAAAUAUUGGCAUUCUCUCUGUCCCUUUGCAAAAGAUUAAUACCUCCACACUGAGCAGUAGUACUAAAGAAAUAAAGUGAAAUGUUACAGUAGUGCAUCGGCAGACCACAGUGGGGUACUCAUUGAAAAGCCAUUUGUUCUUUGCUUUUACAUACGAAUAAUAAUCAGAACAGAAAAACUUAAGGGAAGGCGACUGAUCUGUGAAAUUCUGCCUUCCCUCUGGAUUCCAGUGCAGUUUAAUACCAUUCCAGCCCAUUCCAGCUUUAACACUGAUCUAAAUGGACAGUGGAAGCCCAUGGUGCACUGUGUGAAUGUAAUAUGUUUUUUACGGUGUAAUACAGACGGGGUCAAAACCACUGACUUGACGUUGAUCGUGAAAGUUACAUUGUGUUGACCAGUGCGCUUGCUUGCUUUUUCUACUCUACAUCAGAGCUCUUGGCAGAAACAUAGCCUAUGUUAAACAAGAAUAAAGAAUAAUGUGGAUAUUUUAGAACUGCCUCCUGUACUGGUGAAAUAAUUAGUUACAGUUAUGUGUGAUUGCUUGUGACACUAAUCAUUGUAAUUAAAGUAAAAAGUUUUGACAAAUCUGGGGAAAUGCGCUUAUUCACUAUUUUGGAGAAUUCUAUAAAAAGUGUGAUACCAAUAUGAAGCUACAGCCAGUUAGCUCAGCACAAAAAGUGGAAACAACUGUCAAGUGGUACCAAAAUCCAUUUAACCACACAUCUAAAUAUCACUAAUUAACACUUCUUCAUUUGUUUAAUCUGUACAAAAAAGUGUAAACUUUUUCUUGGCUGGUUGCCUGGCAACUGGCAACCAAGAAAUAGUCUGGCACAAAAGAGAAACAUUAAUUGGUGCACAUUAGAGGUGCUAGUACGUGGAUUUUGUUACCACUUUACAGAAGCAGGCUAGCUGUUAAACCCCCUUUCCAGUCUUUUUGCUAAGCUAACAGACUGCUGGCUGUAGCCUUACAUUUAAGGAACAAAUAUUAAGGUGGUAUCAGUCUUUAACUAUCAGAAAGCGACUAAGUAUUUCUUUAAAGUCUGUCUUUAGCUUUAAAUCAUAAAGGUUAACCAUUUUUCUUUCUGUUGCCUGAUGUACAUGUGUAUCGGCUGGUCUUCUGACGCUAGAAAGAAAAUUCUGUCCAUCCAAUAGACUUGUACCCUCCUUCCUCUGGUGCUGGUUGAAUUGCUUCAAUCAUACCCAUACCAUCAAUAAAACUACAGCAAUGCAUCCAAACAAA